CUCAAACAAACGCUUCCAAAAUGUCACCUCGAAGUGGAUCCAAAUUUGACGAUCCGUGUAAUCCUAAGGCACGGGCCAGCCGGGAGCGGCCACAUUUCCCGAAGCCACUAAUUACAGUCGAUGGAAUCCCGAGGGCGGCCAUGAACCCGGGUGACUUCGCUAGUCUUCACCUGAGGACGUACAAUCUGAAACCGGAAUGGUUUGAGGGUUUCCAGCUGAAUGCCUCCAAGACGUUGGCCAUCAGUCGAAUAGUGCGUGCCAGCUGGAAUCUUAGCCACAUAACCCCAACGGGAUUCCGCAUCGGUGCACAGUUGCAUCGUAAAUGCUCCGACAGUGUUUUGAAAACACCACUACUCGCGUUUGAUGUCAAUCCCGGAACGAUGGCCUCGAAUAUAUUCCUGCUGUACCGUCCGAUGGCGUCCGUGUGUGCCGAGAUAAGUGUCCAGAUGCUGCCGCAGGCACAACCGGUGCCGAUGAUUGAUAGGCUUUCGCUACAGCACACGGGCAGCAGAACCACUACCACGCUGAGAUGCUACAACCCGACCCAGGAGUCCUGCCGGAUGACGCUGGACCACUUGAUGAGCUACAACGAUAGAGUGGCCUUCGGAGCGGAACUAUUGUACGAGUGGUACCGUGAUACGACCAACGCCCAGAUUGCCCUGGCCGCAAGAUACACCCACGAUAAGUAUUCCUUCGCGGCCACCGGUUCGAGUGAAGCUUUUGAUUUAAGCUACUGGCGUAAGGUCAACAGCAGAUUGCAAAUAGGCUCCUCGUUGGCUUGCAAUCAUCGUGAGGGAAAAGCAAUCGGAACAAUUUACUAUCAGGUAGAACGACCGGACUGUACGGUUAGAGGCUUGUUCGAUUCAGAUUGGUCUGUUGGGUACACAUAUCAAAGGAAACUGUCACAUAUGCCGAUAAGCACCGGAAUCAGUUUAUUGUUCUGCAUUCCAAAAAACACAUUCCAGUGCGGUUUCAAAAUUGAUUUCGACUCUAAUUUGCAAUGAUCGAAUGUGGGCGGCCAGUGUAUGUUUUGGUUUGUCCGCUACGAAACGUGCGUUUGAACACCGAAUCGGCUUCCUCACAAGAGACUAUUUUGGAGCUACAAUAGGCAAUUUGAGAUGAAGCGGACAGUUUGCUGGAUCAAGAAACCACACAUGUUAGAUAAAGGGCCGAGCACGCUCAUCCUACGUGUCAAAGUGAAUUAAUCCGAUUAUAUGAUCUAUGUCGGAAAUUGGUCGUCUUAUCGACAAUUCGCUUAGUUGCAGUAAAUGUUGUUAUCGCGUGUUGGAAGCCAAUUUUGACGUGGUAUAGUAAGUGGGGUGACAAUAUU